UUAAAUGUUGAAAAUAAACUGAAAACAAGUGUUGUUAUUAAUAUCAUUGAUAAAAGUUUAAAGAUAAUUGUAAAUUGGGAUUUUUUUGAUAAAAAUAUUUAUGUCAAAAAUGAUGAACGUAUUAGUAGCGGCCAUACGGGACAAGAGGAACGGUAGCAAACGUGACAGUGGUUUUAGUAUGAGAUCACAAUAUCCACAAUACGUACUCUACGACAGUGAUGGCGAUGAAGUUGAGUGUAAUUUAUCAAACAUGAAGAUGUCUUAUGGAAGUAAUAGUAAGACAGCGCUUACGGAUGUCAUCAUCAGACCCCGUGGACGUGGAUUUUGGUCAAACAGAACACCAAUGGAAAGAUUCAUGAUUUUCCUCAUAACCACACUGUUUAUGGUAACAGUUGGUCUUGUUUUGACCGCUACUUAUAUAACUUACAAUAGAGAUAUCAAUGUCACGAUAAAUGUAGUAAAUCAAACAUCACAUUCAGACAUAGAUAUUAUCAGCACCGGUAGUCCUGAUGUUAUAUUUAGUAAUCAGUCAAUUCAGACAGUAUCUAAUCGUCCAGAAAAUGCUGUCAGUGAUAGCUCCGAGUCAUCGAUAGCAACACAAAGUACUAGUGAUACAAGUGUUGUAAUCAACCAAACGAUGGCCAAUACUGUUCAUACAAAUGAAAUGGACGACCAGUCUGUGAUUGAAACACAAAAUACAUCAAAUGUAACGUCAGAUAAUGCGGUCAACACAAGUGAGACACUUGUCGACAAUAAACUCAGCUCAAUAUCAAUAAACAUCUGUAACACUGAGGCCUGUAAAAAGGCCGGUCAAAUAAUUAGGGAUUCACUAAACACAACAAUAGAUCCAUGCGAUGACUUUUAUGAGUUCGCGUGCGGCGGUUGGGAGACCACUCAUACAAUACCAGCCGAUAAGUCCCGUUACGGCAGUUUUGACGCCGUCGAUGAAGAGCUCAAAAAAAGUAUUAAAGAAUAUUUGAGUAAAAAAACUACAAAAAGUGAUUCAAAAGCCGUUAUCUAUGCCUCAGAUUUUUACAAGGCUUGCAUUGAUGAGGCAACUAUUAAUUCACGCGGAGUAACACCACUUCUGGAUGCACUUAAUUCAGUGGGCGGUUGGCCUAUCAUUGGACAGUCAAGUGUCUAUAAAAACAGUGAUUACGAUUGGACGGAAUCGUUCGCUAAACAAAUGGUUAACUUUGGUGUGGCCGCCAUAUACUCGGUCUCAGUACAGCCGGAUUCCAACGAUACACUUGUCAAUAGAGUUUACUAUGACUCCGGUGUUUUUGGUUUGGGUCGCAACCAAUUGGCUAAUACCAGUGCUUAUACCGAUAUAGUCAACGCAUACAAGAAAUACAUACUCGAAUCGGCACUACUAUUAGGCGGUAAAAAUGAUAGUCAAACACAACAAGAUAUUGAAGAUAUAUUGGCAUUUGAAUCAAAACUUGCUAUUUUAUCAUUACCACCGGAGAAAAAACGAGACUCAAGUAUUUGGUACAAUAGGAUGUCUUUCAAUGCAUUCAAUGACUUGACGACCCAAAAGAUUGAUUGGUUAAGCAUAACGAAUAAGAUCUAUGAAAAGCUAAACUCAACAAUUCGUGUCCAAAACGAUGAACUGGUUAUCAUUCAGGACAUUGACUAUUAUAAGGGCGUCAGUGAGUUGUUUGAGAAAACACCUGUACGUGUGAUCGCCAAUUACUUUGGUUGGAUGACUGUCAUGAAUCUGGGCUCCUAUACCACCAAACAAUUUCGGGACAUUGUGUUUACAUUUGACAAAGUAGUGUCAGGUGUGGAAAAAGAGACCGAACUGUGGCAGACCUGUACUAAUAGUUUAUCAUCAAGUCUUCAAUACGCUGUGAGCCGACUAUAUGUCGACAAAAAAUUCACACAAAAAGAUAAGGAAGAGGCGGCGCUAAUGAUUAAUGAUAUUAAGGAGUCGUACAAUCAAUUAAUUGCUGAAAGCGAUUGGUUGGAUGAAAGCACCAAAAAUAAGUCAUUAAUCAAAUUGAAUGCCAUUAAGCAAAAUAUUGGUUAUCCCGAUUGGCUACUCAACAAUGAUGACCUGGAUAAUUAUUAUAAGCUGACUCAAUCAGUGGACCCGAAAAAAUCCUUCGAAAGCAUACUUUACUUGCAAUAUGUUUCGGUGAACCGCGAGUUCAAGUCUAUCCGAGAAAAAGUUAAUCUAACCCUUAGUUGGCCAAUGCCUCCUGCAAUAGUAAACGCUGCCUAUGAGCCAACACAAAACUCUAUUACAAUACCUGCCGGUAUAUUGACCCUACCGUUUUUUGAUAGCCAACGACCCGCAUAUCUUAACUAUGGUGCCAUUGGACUGGUUGUAGGGCAUGAAAUGACACAUGGAUUUGAUGACGAAGGCAGCCAAUUUGAUCCAAAUGGUAAUCUAAUCAAUUGGUGGACACAAGAAAUCCGUAAACGUUUUGAGCAAAAAGCCGAUUGUUUUAUUAAUGAAUAUUCUAGUAUUUAUGUACCGGAAGUCGAUAUGCAUCUAAAUGGCAAGAAUACUGUGGGCGAAAAUAUAGCUGAUAACGGCGGUAUGCGUGAGUCAUAUCGGGCCUAUCAGAUAUACAUCCAGAAACACGGAGAACCACCGCGACUGCCAUACGUUAGCGAUUAUACACCCGAACAGCUCUAUUUCAUGUCUCACGCAAAUGUUUGGUGCAGUCUUUGGAGACCAGAAGCUCUGAAAACACAAAUCCAGUACAACCCUCACAGUCCCGGCAAAUAUCGGGUCAAUGUUCCCGUAUCCAACUUUAAGGCAUUUUCCGAUGCAUACAAGUGCUCACCAAACUCACGAAUGAAUAGAAAAGAUAAAUGUAUUUUGUGGUAA